UGCCGCUGCUCAGUACCAACAGUGUGAAGAUGGCGGAGGGCGAACUGAACGUGGACAGCCUUAUCUCUCGGCUCUUGGAAGUGCGGGGAUGUCGCCCGGGGAAGAUUGUGCAGAUGACGGAGGCGGAGGUCCGGGGCUUGUGCAUCAAGUCCAGGGAGAUCUUCCUGAGCCAGCCCAUCCUCCUGGAGCUGGAGGCUCCACUCAAGAUCUGCGGAGACAUCCACGGGCAGUACACAGACCUGCUGAGGCUCUUUGAGUACGGCGGCUUCCCCCCUGAGGCUAACUACCUGUUCCUGGGAGACUACGUGGACCGGGGGAAGCAGUCACUGGAGACCAUCUGCCUGCUGCUGGCCUACAAGAUCAAGUACCCCGAGAACUUCUUCCUCCUGCGGGGCAACCACGAGUGCGCCUCCAUCAACCGCAUCUACGGCUUCUAUGACGAGUGUAAGCGCCGGUUCAAUAUCAAACUGUGGAAGACCUUCACUGACUGCUUCAACUGCCUGCCCAUCGCUGCCAUCAUCGACGAGAAGAUCUUCUGCUGCCACGGAGGGUUGUCGCCUGAUCUGCAGUCCAUGGAGCAGAUUCGCAGGAUCAUGAGGCCCACAGAUGUACCAGACACAGGCUUGCUGUGUGACCUGCUGUGGUCCGACCCCGACAAGGACGUGCAGGGCUGGGGAGAGAACGACCGCGGAGUGUCCUUCACUUUCGGCGCAGAUGUGGUCAGCAAGUUCCUCAACCGCCACGACCUCGACCUCAUCUGCAGAGCACACCAGGUUGUGGAGGAUGGAUACGAGUUUUUUGCCAAACGCCAGCUGGUCACCCUGUUCUCCGCGCCCAACUACUGCGGAGAGUUCGACAACGCGGGGGGUAUGAUGAGCGUAGAUGAAUCGCUCAUGUGCUCCUUCCAGAUCUUAAAGCCGUCAGAGAAGAAGGCCAAGUACCAGUACGGAGGGGUCAACUCGGGCCGACCGGUGACCCCGCCGCGCACCGCCCAGGCCCCCAAGAAGAGGUGAACCCCCGGCCCCUCCCCUCUCCCCCCUGCAUCGCCCAGAUACAGGGGGCCUAUCAAACCCCUCCUCCUCCCCCCGACUCCACUGACAGCUCUUUUCUUAAUGUGUCCGUGUACAUACAUUUUGCUGUGUAAUUCAUUUUACUUGCCUGUCGUUAACGUCGGUAUUUUUGAUAUUAUUAACCAAUCUUACAGUGGUGGACUUUUGGAUUUUUGAAGUUCCGUGUUGUAAAUUAAGGACUUCUUUUGAGAGGAAGUCGGAAUGUUUGGUUUUUUUUUUGGUUUGUUUUUUGUUUUGAACGAAAGAUCCAAUAGAUAUGACAUUGUUUUGCCUUGAUCGCUCUCAGCUAUAGAGACUGAGAUUCCUGUACAAUGUUGAAUCCGUAUAGAAAACCACAUGUAUUUCUGAGGUUUUAACCCUUGCAUGUGCACGUGUUGUUGUGCACUAACCAUGUAUUUUUUUUUUUUUUUGUUUUUUUUAUUUUUUAUUUUUUUUUCAUGUUGGACAGAAGGAAUUGAAAGGGUUAACUGGUAAAGAAUGUGGACAGACAAGCGUGAAUGAAAUGAUAUCCAAAAAAGAGAAUUAUAUAUAGAAUUUUGAUAUUUUUAAUCAAGCUAAUUAAUCAAAGUUACAGUGUUUUUUUUGUUUUGUUUAAGUUUUCAAGUGAGAUGGUGUUUACAGUCUGUGGUGCACAUUUGAGCAAUAUGCAAAAUUUUCUUAGGUUUUCUCAAAAAGUUGGGUCAGGUAGCUAGAUUGAGAAGCACGGCGAUGUAAUUAUGGGUGGAAAUGCGGUUCUCUCUCUCACCUCACAGCAAGACGGUUCCGGGUUCAGUUCCCAGACCUUUUUGGGCCUUAGUGUGUGGAGGUUGCAUGUUCUUCUCAUGUCUACUAGGUGUGUUUACCCUGGGUUCCCUAUCUAUGAACAUGUAUGCUAAUGCUAAUCCUAGCUCCUGAACAUGAAUUUUGAUGUAGAAAAGGGUUGCCCCAGUGGCAUUGAAGGAUGGGUCAAAUGCAGAGGGGAUGAUAAACAUAAACUUUUAACAGUAGUUCUCAAAAUAGUACUUUAAAUGUGCUGUACCUGACUUUUUACUAAAAAGGUGAAAAAUGGAUCCAUUUAGGAUGAAAUGACAUCAGAGACUACAAAUACCACCCCACUCGAUGCUACAAAAAAACUGAAAAAAAUGUAAAAUUACAAAUUAAAUUAAAUACUGGCAGUGUUGCAUACAGACAGAGAAGGCACUUACCAAAGUUGCGAGAUUAACUGAAUUUUUCAAAUAUUAUUUCUCAAUUUUUGCACAAUUCUUGUAAAUUUUGAUAAUGAAUUUGAGGUACAUUUAUGGACAAAUCAUCAACUAGAGCACCGAAUGUAAUUUGAAAUGAUUUGCAUAUAAACACUAAAUAUUAUAAAAUUCAAAAAUAUGUUUAUACAUUUUUUCUUAAGCUGCGCAUGUCUUGGCUGAGCAGGAACAGGAUCAGACUGACAGUGCCCCCUGGUGUUGAAAUACAGUUUUUAUCCAAAUGUAUAUGGAAGUUGAUUUUUUGAAGAACUGUUGCCUCUUUUGAUUUUAAUUUUUGCUAUAUUUCAUUGGAUUGCUCUUGGAGUUAGAUAUUUGGUUGUAUUUUUUUUCUUUUUCUUUUCUCAAUGUUUACUUCUUAUUUACAUAAUUUAUUUCCUAAACUUAAGAGUAAAUGUAUUACAAUGAGGUGUUACCAAAAGCUGUUUUGCAAUUUGUACAAGUUUGUUUGAAAGUCUACAGUUAAAUAAAAUGGAUGGAUACA